AUGCUGUUUCGAGUGUUCCAUCGUCGAUUACAUCGCACGUUGCGGCAGCUAGGAACCGACGCCAAAGUGCCCCCCAUCGCGGCCGGCGAUUCGGAGAGCGUGAAGAAGCUUUUGGAACAUGCUGCAUCCUUCGAAGAUCUGGCCAGACGCAGUGAAGAAAGUGACUGGGCGACGCUGCCAUACGUUGCCGGAACGUACAUCAGCCGCGAUCAGUCACAAAAAGCGGCCCGACCAACGAUCGAUCCACGGGAAACAAAUAUCAUCGUGUUCCCCGGGCAGGGAUCGCAGUACGUGGGCAUGGGCUCGAAGCUGCUCAAAUUUCCCGGGGCGCGUGAUAUUUUCGCCCUCGCCAACGAGGUACUCGGUUACGAUCUGCUGAAGAUCUGCAUCGAGGGUCCCAAGAGCAAGCUGGAUCAGACCAAGUACUGCCAGCCGGCCGUUAUGGUCACGUCACUGGCGGCCCUCGAGCAGUUACGCGAAGAACGACCGAAUGCGAUCGACAACUGUUUCGCCACGGCCGGCUUCAGUUUAGGUGAACUAACGGCACUGAUCUUCGCGGGCUCGAUUCCUUUCGACAAGGGCGUCCGGUUGGUGCAAAUCCGCGCAGAAGCAAUGCAGUUGGCGGCCCAGCAGUCGAAAGGGGCCAUGGCAACGGCACUGUUCGGUGCGGACGGACGCAUCGGGGAGGCCUGCAAGGAGGCGAUCAAUUGGUGCAUAGACAAGGGCAUCGAAAACCCGGACUGUCGGGUGGCAAACUAUCUGUACCCGGGCUGUAAGGUGUUGGCCGGCAACGAGGAAGCCCUACGCUUUCUGGAGGCAAACCUGAAACGCUUCAACAUUCGGCGUCUCAAGCGACUGCCGGUCAGUGGGGCGUUCCAUACGGAACUAAUGGAGCCGGCCGUUGAACCGUUUGCAGCAGCAUUACGAAAAAUCCGUGUGCAAGAUCCCAGCAUCAGCGUGCACUCGAAUGUGGACGGCAAGUGCUACCGAAAUGCCGGUCACAUUGUUGGCCAGCUGCCGAAGCAAAUCGUACGGCCGGUCAAGUGGGAGCAGACACUACACAUACUGUACGAGCGCCAGGCCGGGGUACACUUUCCGCGCACAUUCGAGUGUGGCCCCGGGAAAGGGUUGAAAGCCAUCUUGAAGCAAGUCAAUGCCAAAGCGUGGGACUCGGCGCUUAAUGUAGAGGCAUAGGCGGAGCGCAUUUACGACGCUAGAGUUAGGUAGU